AACAGGGAUAUAUAUUUACUGGAGAAUGGGCUCAAUCUCUUCCUCUGGGUGGGAGCAAGUGUCCAACAGGGUGUUGUCCAGAGCCUCUUCAGCGUCUCCUCCUUCAGUCAGAUCACCAGUGGCUUGAGUAUUCUUCCAGUUCUGGAUAAUCCGCUGUCCAAGAAGGUGCAAGGCCUCAUUGAUAGCUUAAGGGCACAGAGAUCACGGUACAUGAAGCUUAUCGUGGUGAAACAGGAAGACAAACUGGAGAUGCUGUUCAAGCACUUCCUGGUGGAAGACAAGAGCCUGAGCGGCGGAGCAUCCUAUGUGGACUUUCUCUGUCAUAUGCACAAGGAGAUUCGGCAGCUACUGAGCUAGAAUGAGUGGGUAAAUGGCAUAGGGUCCUAGACCAGCUUCCAGAAAGUACUCCAGGGUGGCAGAAAAACCAGGACAGUUCCAUAUCUUAUAAGUCAUGUAAGCUGACCUCAGUCUCUUUGGGGGGAGGGGGAGGUAAAGGAGACACCUUCUUUCUGGGCUCAAGUAUCCUAUCACUGUCAUGUCCUGCUGAUGGAAGGUGCCCCUAUCCCCUCACUUUAUCCUCCUUUUCCUGCUAAUCCUGUCGUAAUGAAUGUAGUUUCUCAGUUCACUGUAUAUGAUUCGGUAUUGGGGGAUUUGGGGGCACCCAGACCCUGGCAAUAUUAUGUGUCCCUUUGGACCAACCUCCAAGAAGAGAGGGGCAGGCAGGAAUGAAUGGGAUCCCAGGGUUACUAUGGGGGGAGGGGCUAAUUCAGCUCAGUGUCAUCGACAACUUCCUAUAUUAGGGAUAAAACAUAUAGGUGCACAAGAGCUGGGAUAUAUACCAUAGGAGAUGGAGAGAAAAGUGGUCGGUCCUUCUUGGGCUUGGAAGUCAGUAGCCAAGUCAGAGUUACAGAGGUUGGUUGAUUAGCUUUCUCUUUCUGCUUCCACUGCUUUCUCUCUUCUGCAAUGAAUGGUGGAUAGAGGCACAUUGUCAGAGAUGAAUGAACCUCGGAAAUGAGUUGCAAAGUAGAUUAAGAUCUGGGAUAGGUACCUUUCCAGCUGGAGAGGCCUCGACACUGAAUGGUUCUGUAGGGAGCCUGGUCAUCAACUUGCAAUACCUCACAGAGCCAGCCCACAUCCCACUCUGAGCCCCCACUGGAAACACUAAUUCUCCAAACUGGGGAUUGUUGCGGAGAGAGGCAGAGACAGCCCGAGGUCUAUUCUAUCCUGCCGGGACACCACUCGAGCUUUGGUAUUGACCGAGUGGCUGACAAUUACCUUCCAACCCGAACUGGCUGGAGCAGGACAAGGGCUAGGGUUGAUGGUGGCCAGGCUUGCCUGCUCCCAGCCUGGGACUCCCCUGCUCUGGACCUCUCAUUUCUCUUCAUUGGUUUAUUUUUCAAUGCAUCUUUAAUUUGUAAAGAAAUAAAAUAAAUUAAGAUGUAACCAGUAGACUCAUUUUUACCCUUGACGUGUCACUUUUCCUCUGGUCCUUCCUGCCAGGAGUAAGCUGGGAAGAGGCCAGUUGAGCGGAGCUGCGCAUGCGCCAUAUGCCCCUGUGGCGUAAGUCCUCGUUCCGCUGCAACUCACCCCAGGGCGGGUCUGGUCCUGUGUGAAGGGGGCUGGCUGCCAGUGGACAUGGCGGCCGGCUGUACCGCGGCUCUGCUUAUCGCCCUGGGAGUGCUUAGUGUCUGUGCAGGUAGCGGCUCUGGGCCCGUGGCAGAGGGAGCGACCGGUGAGGAAGCGGAGUGGGCGGAGCCGUGGGAUGGUGCGGUUUUCCGGCCGCCCUCAGCUCUGGGCGCAGUGGGGGUGGCGCGCAGUCCGCGGACUCAACUGCCAAGGAAGGAGGAAGCGGUGGACCUGCCGGUACUGUUGUGGUGGAGCCCAGGGCUGUUUCCCCACUUCCCCGGGGACUCGGAACGCAUCGAGUGCGCGCGCGGCGCGUGCGUGGCGUCCCAGGACCGACGGGUACUGGGGGACUCGCGCACGCGCGCGCUGCUUUUCUAUGGCACCGAUUUUCGUGCGUCUGAGGCGCCCCUGCCGCGUCUGGCGCACCAGAGUUGGGCGCUUCUGCACGAGGAGUCGCCCCUCAACAACUUCUUGCUGAGCCACGGUCCAGGCAUCCGCCUCUUCAAUCUUACCGCCACCUUCAGCCGUCACUCGGACUACCCGCUGCCGCUACAGUGGCUGCCCGGGACUGCCUACCUACGCCAGUCGGCGCCUCCGCUCCAGGAGCGCGCGGAGUGGCGCCGCCGCGGCUAUGCGCCGCUGCUCUAUCUGCAAUCCCACUGCGACGUGCCGUCGGACCGGGACCGCUACGUGCGCGAACUCAUGCGCUACAUCCCGGUGGACUCCUACGGGAAAUGCCUGCAAAACCGGGAGCUGCCCACUCUGCGAUUACAGGACACAGCCACAGCCACCACCGAAGAUACAGAGCUCUUCACCUUCUUGUCCCGCUAUAAGUUCCAUUUGGCCCUCGAAAAUGCCAUCUGCAACGACUACAUGACAGAAAAACUGUGGCGCCCCAUGCAUCUAGGUGCUGUGCCUGUGUACCGCGGCUCUCCCUCUGUGAGGGACUGGAUGCCCAAUAAUCAUUCCAUCAUCCUUAUUGAUGACUUCGAGUCACCUCAGAAGCUGGCAGAGUUUAUUGACUUUCUGGACAAGAAUGAUGAGGAAUAUAUGAAAUACCUGGCAUACAAGCAACCUGGGGGCAUCACCAACCAGUUCCUUCUGGAUAGUCUGAAGCAUCGGGAGUGGGGAGUGAAUGAUCCUUUACUGCCUAACUACCUCAAUGGUUUUGAGUGUUUUGUCUGUGACCAUGAACUGGCUCGGCUGGCUGCUAAGAAAGCCCACGUAGCAUCUCCUGGGGUCAUUCCUGUCCCUGAGCCUCACAUAGCCCAGCCCUCACACAUGGACUGCCCAGUGCCAAAACCUGGCUUGGGCAGUGUGGAAGAGAUACCUGAGAAUGACAGUACUUACGGAGACUACAUUUUGAUGAAGCCCACCCAAGGCCCUAAACUCAAGAGGAUGAGAGGUGAGGCAAGAGAUUUAAGCCACCACAAGUGUGUAGCUAAAUUAAAAGCUGUUAGUCAGAUUUGGGGAUAUAGCCAAACCCUUCUAUUGCUAUGGUUUGAACAUAAAGCUUAAUAGGCAGAGAGACUAUUAGAUUUUUCUGGGGCAGUGGAAUAGGAAAAAAUACCUUGGCCCUUAGAGUUACCCUGGUUGUAAUGUCGUAUUAAUGAAUCAUCACAGAGAAGUUCCAUAGCUUAAUAUAUCUGGUGGCAAAUUAGUGUAUGUAUGUGUAUAUACACACACACACAAAUCUAUCACCAGAUAGAAAAAAUAUAUAUGUAGAUGCUUUAAAAACUAGGGUUCCACACUUAAUGUGACUUCUAAGGAUGUGGCCAAGGAACGCUAUAAUUGAAGCUGAAUUUCACUGGCAGGGUGUUCUUUAAUAAAAAAUCCCCUUCAUAACAGCAUGGAAAAUUUGCUUAACCUAUUUGGGUUCUUGCAGAAAAGUAAAAGAGGUAAAGACAGACUUCAAAAAUAACUUGGGUUAAAAUCUGUUACAGAAGCGACCCACAAAAGAAGUCAAAUUCAGGACUGAUUGUUUAGCUUCUAUUUAAAUGAAAAUGCUGAUUUAUAAUGCAAAAUAUUAGUACUCAAGUGCAAACUAAGGUUAGGACUUAAAUUUCAUUAUGUGCAGUAAAAAGGGUAAGUGAUAGUUAGUUAUAUAAGGUGUAGAAUCAUCCUUCCUUCUGUCAGUUCACAUUGGCAUUCCUUUAGCACUUUUAUAUACAAAAUGGGCCAGUUGUUUAUGUGUGGCAGGAGGCUCAUGCCUGCUUUGUGGUCAGUACUUUCCACUUUUUCCUUUAUUCCUAUGGCCAUAAAAGUAUUCAUAAAGAGCAAGGUAAACCAGGUGCUACAUUUCCAUAAGGGAAACCAGAACCAGUAGUCCUGUGGCACCUAUCAACUAAAGGCUUCAAUUUCCCUCUGGAAAAAGCAAGCAAUGUGAAUUUUCUCUGGUUUGGGACCCAGCCUGCUCUAUGUACAGCAGCAGGCUUGGGGUUGUUGCUAGUAGGUUUUGAUAGGAAUCGCGGUGUUGUUUUUUUUUUUGGUGCUGCUGGAGAGGGAGUGGAGCAUGGGGUUGAUGCCUUUAUUACUCCAAGCGUUGCUAUUUUCUAUUAGGUUUCAUUUUGUAUAAUAAAUGGCUUAUUUUUAAACAGUU